GCUGAACUUUGUCUUUCAGUUUGCAUGGUUGCCUCCAGGCAGGCUCUGGGGGGAGUUCAGAGGCCCAGGGAUCAGAAGCAGCUGCAGUGGGAGGGUAAUCUGGCCUGGGCCUCCCAUUGGAGGCACUAGUGCAUCCCUACAGGGUACGAGUGGAGGAGGGGGUCACAGAGAGGUGGAGGCUGAAUCUGAACUGAGCUUUGGGAGCCGCGCUCUGCUAUCCAGGGAGUCACCUUUAGCCUAAGUGAAUCCAGGAACAUCCACCGGGAAGAUGCCAUCCCUGGCAUCGGCAAACCAGAGCUUCGGCGAGCCCGAGGAUUAUUCCUACGGGGAGUGGUACGUUGAUGGCCCCACUUCAGAUGGAAAGGCACCGCAACCAGAGCCAAUUAUCCCAGCCUGCUACCACAGCUUCCCACCCAGCCUUUACCACACCUGCCUGGCCUCGUUGUCGCUGGCCACCGUCUUGGUGCUGUCCCUGCUAGUAAAACGCCGGAAGCUCUGCCCGAAAUGCUGGAAUGGGACUUUUGGACUUCCAAGUCCUGUGGAUUUCUUGGCAACAGAAAGUGGCUGGCUGGUGCCCGUGGUUGUGUUUGGGAUCCUCCUCACAAACCUCUACAUGCUGUUUUUGGACGAAGACUUUUCCCCAGGUUACUUGAAAACCUUAGGCUUGCUCUACUACCCGGCCCUCUACUACCCGCUAAUGGCGUGUGCCACAGUCAGACACCAAGCCGGAUACAUCCUGGGCUGCUUACUCUCCUGGGUCCACUGUGGGGUCCAGAUAUGGUAUAAAGUGGAGUGCCCUCGGACCACCAAGAUCUACAGGUACUACUCCCUGCUGGCCUCCUUGCCUCUUCUUGCCGGCCUUGUGUUCCUGAGCUGCUGGUAUCCGGCGCAGCUCCUAAGAAUCUGGACUGGAAAGAUGGCGGCCCGCCCAGAGGAGGUGGAGGAAAGCUAUUAUGGAGACUAUCUCAGGCGCCUCCUCAGUAAGAAGAAGUCGAAAAGCAGCUCCCCGGAGACCGAUCGGAGCUUCCUCUCCCGGGCCCUGCUCUAUUUCCUCCCUCACAUCUCCACUUGGCAGCCAGGUUUCCGGUUUCCCCUGAAACUCAUCCUUUCGGUUGCCAUGGCAGUGAUCACAAUUUACCAGGUAACCCUGCUGCUCCUGGCAGCUUUUGUCCCCAUCAUCCAAAAAACCAGGGCAGGAAUUACAGUAGAAGUCACCUACCUGCUGGCUGGCUUUGGAGUGGUCCUCUCAGAAAACAAGACAGAAGCCAUAGACCUGGUGAAGCACUACCUGUUGACUGUGGAAGUGUGCUAUGAAUCUGCCAUGACCCUGUCCUGCUUGCUCACCUUCUUCAUGCUGUCAAAGUCACUGAUGACCCACAGAGCUAACCUGAGGGCUCAGCAAUGUGCUGCCCUCCUGGAUGGAAGCCCCCCACCACAAGGGAAGGGUUUGAGGGCCACGACCAUCUUCUGCUGGAUGAGCUUUAUGGGCUACCAAACAGCCUUCGUCUGCCUCGGGCUCUUUCUCCAGCAGAUCAUCUUUUUCUUUGGAUUCGUGGUUUUCAGCUUUUUGGUCUUCAUUCCCAUCGUGUACGGCAGGAAUCUCCUGCUCUUGCGUGUGCUGGGGAGCACGUGGCCUUUCUUCCUCCUGCUGGUGCUGGCUGUGAUCCUGCAGAACCUAGCUGCUCGCUGGGCCUUCCUGGAGAACCGGCAUGGCCAACAAGAGCUGACUAACAAGAAGGCUCUGUUUGCCAUCACUUUCCUGCUCUUCCUCGUUAAUGUGAUGGUGGGCAUUACUGUGGGCAUCUGCCGGAUGGUGGUCUCCGCCCUCUUCAAUGUCGUCCACUUCUGCCAACUGGACCGCAGCCUGCUCUCCCGCGGUGUGGACAUUUGGGACCCAGGCUAUCGCACUUACUGCUAUUACUUGAAGAUGGAGGUCAGCCAGUCACAUCCAAUAAUGAAAGCCUUUUGUUUCCUGCUCCGGCAAUUACCUGGCUCCCAGGGACUGGCUGGAUCCCAAGCUGCUCUCGGACCCAGUGACAUAGAAGGGAUCCAUAUGACACGGACCAAGAGCCCAGCCACCAGAGCCAAGCAAAGCCGGAUCCGCUGGGGACUAGCUUAUACCCUCAUCCGCAAUCCAUCUCUCCUGGCCUUCCGCAAGAAAGCCCUGGCUGGCCCUCUGGCCAACGGGAGCCAGCCCAGCCCUCCCAAGCCCUGAUGGGGAUUGUAGAACUGGGAGGAGAAAGGAGAGGGAACCGCCCAGAAGUGUUUCUGUCCAAGGGUCCCUGGCAGGAGCCUCGCUGACAUUUUCCUUCUUUCCUCUCCCUCCUUCCUCCUGGAUUCUUCCCAAAGUCACCGCUUUGAAGCUCUUCCGUGGAGAUGUGCUGGACUCUUCCCACUAGAGGGAUGGUACCCAGAGCAACUCCUGAAUGCUGAUGGUGCAUCAUUCUGGUAACAGCUUCUGUUUGUUGUUGCCUUUUUUGAGGGAGUGAAGAGAGACAAAUAAUUUGCUGUGGCCCCUGAGAAAUAUUGGCAUCCUCAGCUGCCUAGCAUAUACAUACAUAUAUAUAUAUAUACAUACAUACAUACAUAUAUAUAUAUACGUACAUGUGUGCAUACAUGCUCACACCCAGCAGAAUCUCAUCCUCAAGUUGCAGAUACCUCGGAAAAUUAAUACUCCUGGGUUCCAUCUCUUCUUCCCUAGGCCAUCACAGUGGAUAAAAAUCUAUAAUCUUCACGACUCACUUGCCUCUAUUCUUCCUUCUCAUUCUUUCACUGAUCCAUUCAGUCAACAAGCAUUAAGUGAUAAUGCUUGUGAUAAAUGCAAGUAAUAAAUGCUUGUAUCACUUACUAAGAGAGAGUCAGUGUUGGGCUCUAAGGGUCCAAAGUUUAAAAACAACUCCUGCCUUCAAAGAGAUUACAUUCUAUUGGGGAAAUCACACCAUUUAACACAUUACAUCACACAAUCACAAGUACAAUUACACCAUUUACACAGAUAAAUGUAAGAUGAUCGGAAUAGGAAGAGAGAAGUUAAAAAGAUAGCAUCUGAGUUAAGGAAGUUUCUAGGGUACUCCCCUCUCUCAGGUCACCUCUUUUCCUUCUGAGACCCAGCCCCAAAUUAAUUCUCGGGUUCCUCUUUGUUAUCCUUCUUCACACCACCCCCAAACACAGACUUUACUAAGUACCCAGUAAGUUAGAGAUCGAUGACCCUUACGCACUGGAGAGUAGCCAGGACUGGGCUCGUAUCUGAAGAUCCUAUCCAGCUUUCUAUUCCAGAAAGCCCCACUACCAGCCAGUGACUCUGAAUGGUCCCCAGCUUCCUCGUUUAAGCUUUGUUUGAUUCUUAGAGGCAACUAGGUGGCUCAGAUCGCUAAAUAUAACCCUGGGCAAGUCACUGUUUGACUUAAUCCAUUGGAGAAAGAAGUGGAAAAUCACUCCGAUCUUUGCCAAGAAAACUUCACGGACAGGAUGGUUCACGGGGUCACAAAGAGUCGGACACACUGAACAACAAUAAAAGUCUGAUUGUUAGAGCUCUAUCCAAAGACUUCUUGAGAUAUUUUCUCCACCUCCACAAGGUACCUUCUCACCCCUGGGAUCCCAGCCCAGCUGUCUGGGACUCAGGCCCUAGUGGUGUUUGGUUUGGCAUCCAUCUUCCUUGCAAGGGAUCAGGGCUCCCACCUCCUUCUCAAGCUCAGUCUCCAGUUCCAAUGACCAUCUUUGUCCCAAGAAGUUUGGAGUAUUCGUGGCUUGGCCCCCUUUCUGGGGAAAAGCCAAAAGUUAUCCCUUCUCCUUUUAGUAAAUUCUUCUCCUAUGUCCAAUCAGCAGCAAGUAGGUCCAGAGAGAAAAUAAAGACCAUUCCCACGUUCCACAAUAUCCCCAAGCAGCAAAUAGUCCACUUUCCUGUUUCCCUCCUCCAAGUACACAAGAAAGAAAGAUUUCUGUCCAUGACACUGGGAGAACUCUAUGCACAUGUGAUAUGUUGAAUAUGAUUUCAGAUAUGGUUUCCUCUCCACAUCAAGGGGACUGUGGAUUCAAAUCCUGCUUUGGUCAUAGGAGAAAUAAAUUGAUUGAAGUCAGCCCUUGACGUUUUCCAGGUACCAGUGAAUUUAUGAUAGGUUUGGAUCUAAUCGGGUAUGUAAUGUGGACCAAACUGGAAGGUUGGGAUGUUAACAUGGUAUCAUGUUAACCCUUCUCCUCAUUGUCUCCUAACCCCACUCUCCCAAAAUUGGACUCUAAGGGAUUCUUAUAGGUUUCUCCAGAACCCUCAUAAGACCUCCAAGGUACCAUGGAAUAGAGAGGAACUCUGCCCCCAUGGCCUUUGGCAUCUCAGAGCUACAGCUCUGGCUGUGUGAAGCAAAACCCCAAUAAUCUGAGCUUCCUGAAGAUAGAUCUUGGGAGUAAUGAGUUCCUCCUCAAUGGAGGGCUUCAAGUGGAGGCUGCCUGAUUCCUUUUGAGGGGAUUAUUGUAUAUGUGAGGGCUGGCCAGAAUCCCCUGAAGGUUCUUACAAGCCCAAGACUUGGUGCUGAAAUCCAUCUUCCGCCCCUUACCACCCCCUCUUACUUUCUAUCUUCCUCUUUGAAACUAGCAGAAACCUCACUUCUAAAGCAAGAAAGCAUGAAGCUGGUCAGAAUUUUUGCUAACUGUUUGGCUACUUUGAAUACUAGAGAGUGCAGGAGAAUUCCCUGAGGUGCAUUUCCCAUCUCAAAGUAUAUGUUACCCUCUGGUUUGCUGUUACAGAACCUGGGCAUGGCCUGGAUAGAAACUUGAAUUCUGAUAUUUAGAGUGUAUUUCUACCUUUGCAUUUUAUGAAGGAGAUGGAUGUAUUACCUCUAAUAAAUGACUCCAAAUGAA